AUGAACACUGGGUGCUACAUUGGUAUAGAUGUGGGAUCGCGCUCGGUUCGAGCUGUGGCCGUCGAUGCUGAUAGUGAUGAGGUUCUGGCCCAAGCUGAAUCUUCAAUCAGUUAUGAGGUUGAUCCAACAAAUAGCAGCUAUAUCACUGCUAGUCAAUGUGAGGUAUGGGUUGCAUUUCUAGAUGUUAUAAAACAGGUAAUUCGGAAUAUUAUGGGACGAUCCAUUAUAGGAAUAUGCUUGGAUGCUACCUGUUCAUUGGUGGUGAUGAGAGUAGAAUCAGAUGGUUCGCUAGUACCUCAGAACGUUGACUCUACCUAUUCCAAAAUUUCCGGUAAGGAUAAGGGAAUUGUAUUUUGGAUGGAUCACAGAUCUGAAGCCUUACGGCCCAAAGACAAUCCCAAAGAGAUGGAAAAGCUUGCUGGAAUGUUUAUUCCCGAAAUGGCCGUACCCAAAGUGAAGCAGAUCAGUGAAGAUUGUGGAGAAGCGUUUCAAAGCCUCAAAUUCUUUGAUCUUCACGAAUGGCUCGAGUGGAUGCUCAUUACCAACGGAGAAGCAGAUAAGGGCAUCAGUGAAAUUACAGUUAGUGGAAAUUGCGAACCAGUUGGCAUUGAUGGUUCUUUAGCAGGGUUCUGCAUGCCCACAUUAAACCACAGUUGCGAUAUUCCUAUCCGUGCUGAUCAGAUAGGAAGGGCUUGUAAAGUGGUUGCUGGGAUUCCGUUUGCUGGGCAGCGCAUUGGAUACGUCAAUAAAGAUAUUAGUCAGUCUUUGUUUGGAUCCGGAUCCCAGGUGGUUGUUUUUUCUGGGCUAAUAGACUGCUACGCAUCUUUCUUUGCUAAUUUCAAGUCGUUGAAUGGGUUUACGGAUCCCGGGAACUGCAUGAUUAUGGUUGCCGGAACGUCAGCAUGCUUUUUAUCUGGAACUUCGCAGCCUCGCAAAGCUCCAACGGGGAUUUGGGGCGGCUUCAGAUUACUUCCAGAGUACUGGUUUUACGAAGGUGGAUUCAGUUGUUGUGGUGUUCUCAUAGAUCAUCUUUUCCAUGACCAUCCAUGUGGAUACACGUCCUCCCAAUUGGCCAGUUCAACUUUCUGGAAGGAUUUUGACUCUACGGUGGACCGCAUUACUCGUGAUUAUGACAGCGAAUGGUUUUUGAAUAGAAGAAGGUUCUACAGUGGUGAUUACUUGGGUAACAGGACUCCGUACAAUGAUUCAAGUAUCUCUUCUUAUCUGAUAGGAGACUCGAUGGUCCAAGAUGAAAGAAAUCUCAUAUCUAAAUACCUCCUAAUACUUGAGUAUAUAGUACUUCAAGCAAGGCUUAUGCUCGAAUGCUUCGUUAAAGACGGCUUUCCUCUUCAAAAUAUGAUCGUCUGUGGUUCUCUAGCCAAAAAUUACAGAUUGAUGGAGUUACUUGAACUCGUAUUAGCAGCCACAUUUGGCAUUCACGUAUUUGUUUCAAACUGUGUAUCUGACAUGAAGUAUCAUGCGGCAUACGGUAGCAGUAUGGUAGCAAAAUGGGCUAGUAGAGAUGAUGAAAAGGGUAGCGGCCAAAGAUUGGAGCCCUUGAAGGCCGUGAAUAUCGAAAGGAACGCUAAAGCGACAACAGCUGAUAGGGUAGUUUCAUUGAUGAACAUUAAGUAUGGGGUAAUGAUGAAGAUGAUAAAAAUGCAGCAGAUUACUAAUGAUCAGCUCGAUGCUGAUAUAGACAUUGAACAACAUCAUCAAUAG